AUGUUUAUUCUCCUGUCAACAAAACCAGAGCGAAGAAUAGCACUAGUUUCGCAUACUUAUGCACUUGUUUUCAAUGCAAUUACAGACCAAGCAAAUACGCAACCUACAUGUGCUAUCGAGUUUAUUCCAAAAGGUGAAUUAGAAAAUAAGGGUUUCAAACUUCUUUCAAAUUCAGAAAUUAAUGGGUUUAUUGGUCUCAUUCAAAUGCAAGGUUUAAUUUUCAUUUGUGUAAUUACCAAAAAUUCUACUGUUGCUAAACCAAGAUCCAGAGAAACUAUUAAUAGGAUACAUCAUGUUGAAUUUUUUUGUUUAAAUGAAUCAUACUGGGAUUUCACAGAAAUGGAUUCAACUGGUAUUCCAUUAUCAUCUAGUUCAGAUCAAUCUCAAUAUAGACCCAUAUUAAAAGAAAAUCCUUGUUAUGAAAUUAAAAAAUUAUUAGGUAAUGGGAUGUUUUAUUAUAGCUCAAAUUUUGAUCUGACUUCAACAUUACAAAAUCGUGGUAUAGGGAGAAAUUCUUUAAGUGCAGAUACUCUGGAGACUGAAUACAUGUGGAAUUCAUUUCUGAUGAAAGAAAUAAUUACAUUUAGAGAUAGAUUGGAUGAAGACUUAAAGAUUAUUUUAGAUGAUGAAGGAUUCUUAACUGCUGUAAUUUGUGGGUUUGCAAAAACAGUGGUUACACAUAUAGAAAAUAUUGAUGUAGCAUUUACACUAAUAUCGAAGCAAAGUUGGAAAAGAUCAGGAACAAGAAAUAAUGCACGAGGGAUUGACGAUAAUGCAAAUGUAUCCAACUUUGUUGAGACUGAAUUUAUUUUAUAUUCAAAAUAUUAUUGUUUUGCGUUUACUCAAAUUAGAGGUAGUGUACCCAUAUUUUGGGAUCAAGAAAGUGGUGUGAUGGGGAGCAAGAUUUUAGUUCGAAGGUCAUUAGAUGCAACUCAACCUAUAUUUGAUAGGCAUUUUUCAAAUUUAACCAAAAAAUAUGGACCCGUUCAUAUUGUUAAUUUAUUGUCACGAAAUAAAAAUGAAGUUUCUUUGGCCAAAAGAUAUAGAGAACAUUUAGAAAACGGUACAAGAUUUAAAUUAAAUGAAGAUUUAUUUCUAACAGAAUUUGAUUUUAAUAAAGAGACUUCACAAGAUGGUUAUUUAGCUAUUGAUAAUGUCCUUCCCUUGGUGGAAAAGGAAAUGGAUGAACAAGGGUUUUUUUGGUAUGAUAUACGCCAUCAGAAAGUAAUUUGUAGACAACAAGGUGUCUUCCGUGCAAAUUGUUUGGAUUGUCUUGAUAGAACAAAUAUUGCACAACAAUGCAUCUGCUACAAAGUGUUUAGAAUAUUUCUCGAAGAAGUUAAUUGGAUUGAUGCUGACGAUUUUUCUAAUACCCACAUGUUUGUGCACGAUAUGAAUAGCUUAUGGGCAGAUAAUGCAGAUCAAUUGUCUCAAAUAACAACAGGAACUAAUGCAUUAAAAUCCUCAUUUUCGAGAAAGGGUAGAAUGUCACUGUCUGGUGUUCUAUCUGAUUAUUCAAAGUCAAUGAGUAGGAUGUAUUCUGGUACAUUUAAUGAUAAAACCAAACAACUUCAUUUUGAUAUUUUGCUAGGCCGCUUACCUGGUCAAAUACCUGUUAAACUAUAUGACCCAGCCGGUACUUUUAUAGAAAAGGGUUUAAAGAAAAGUGAAAGUAGUUAUAUAUCACAUGAAGACCUUACUAUAUUUAUUGGUACAUUUAAUGUUAAUGGUAAGUCUUCUGAUGAGGAUCUUACUCCUUGGCUAUUUUCAAAGGGUAAGGAUGUUCAUCCAGAUAUUGUUGUUGUAGGUUUUCAAGAAGUGAUAGAAUUAAAAGCAGGGUCCUUAUUAACUGCAGAUUCUUCAAAAGGAUCACUAUGGCAAACUAUGAUUGAAGAGUGUCUUAAUCAAUAUAAUGAAAAAUAUGCCUUUCUACGAGCAGAACGAUUAUCUUCAAUUUUAGUUUUAUCUUUUGUAAAGGCAACAAAGGCUAAUCAUAUUAAAGAGGUUGAUGGUUCUGGUAAGAAAACUGGAUUUGGUGGAAUCGCGGGGAACAAAGGUGGUGUUGCUAUUCGAUUUAAAUACGGUCAAACAUCUUUUUGUUUUGUUAACGUUCAUUUUGCAGCAGGUGCAGGGGGGAUAGAAGAGAGAAGAAAUGAUUAUGACACUAUUAAUAAAAGUAUAUCUUUUGAAAGAUAUAGAAAAAUUAGUCAACAUGAUUUUGUAUUUUGGUUUGGUGAUAUGAAUUAUCGAGUCGUGUUAAGUAAUGAUGAAGUACGUGAAGAACUUAAAUUGAAAAAGGAUAAUUAUUUAGAAGACUUAUUACACUUUGAUCAAUUGACACAUGAGGUGAAUGCUGGAUUAGUAUUAGAAGGAUUUAAGGAGCAAAAAAUCGGCUUUAGACCUACCUAUAAAUAUGAUAACGGUACAGAAGUUUAUGAUACAUCAGAAAAGGCUAGAACACCAUCUUGGACCGACAGAAUAUUGUAUAAAGGUAGUUUAAAACCUAUUUAUUACAGCGAUUCACCGAUUAUGACAAGUGAUCAUAGACCUGUAUGCGGAUUAUUUGGAGUAAAAACCACUUUAAUAAACCAAAAAGUAAAAUCUACCUUAAUGAAAAAUUUAUACAAUGAGUAUAAGAGACUUCAUACUGGAGAUGAUGAUAAUCAUAGUAAAUUAGAAAUAAUUGAUAAUGGACCUGAAAGUAAGAUCUUUAAGGAGAAGUUAGUGAGUGUUGAAAGCGAUGAUAGUGAAAGUAAUAUAACAUCUAUUGAUGAAUCCACAACAGUAAGAGGUCAUAGUAUGUCGAUGUCGAACAUUAAUUUAAAACAAUCUUCACCCACUGAUCGUAGAAGUUCAGUAUCAAGUGUACCUGUUGAAAACUUACCCAGUAACCACAUUCAUAGAGGUUCAAUAUCUAGUGUUCGCAAUAACGGAACUAGACCUUUACCUCCAGAUUUAUCUAAAAUAGGGUUGGAUUCCAAUAAUUCAGCUCCUAAACACAGUAUCAGCACACCUGUAUUACAAGGAACUAAUGGGUUAAUAAAUAAUAUUACUAAUAAUAAUCUCAAUAGAAAUUCCAAUGUGUCUCCUCGAAGUAUGGAGAGUGCCAAACUGUUGAGUUAUAUCGAUGAACAAUUUAAUGGACCUGCACCACCAACACCACCAAGAAGAGGUUUAUCGCCUACUUCUAGCAAACUUGAUAAAGAUGAAAUGUUAGAUCAACCAAGUGCUCCACCAACACCACCAAGAAGACAUCAUUCAGGUCCCCCUUCAAUCACAUUAGAUGAUUCUGAUAUUUUAGAUUCUGAUAAAAAUCAAAAUAAUGAAAUAUCAUUGAGACCAAGAUCUGAAACUUUUAGUAUUGGUGUAACUGAAAAUAAAAUAAAACAUCAUGAUAAUUCUCAUCAUUCAAUAUUAAACAAGUUAUCAUCAAAACUAUCUUCUACCAGUUUAAAUUCAAAUCAUGAAACCAAUCAUCAUCAUCAUCUUUUCCAUCAUCAUGGUUCAGGCAAGAGUUCCCCACAUAUGGAUAGAAAGAAUAGUACUUCCAGUACUAAUGAAAGUACCGAUAGUUCAAAACACUUGAUCAAGAAAAGUAGUGAUAUUAGUAUUAGUGGAAGCAUUUAUAAUUCCAAAAUGAUGGAAAGGAAAAAUAGUAAUUCUAGUACUACUGAAAGUAUCCAUAGCUCAAAACAUCUAAUUAGGAAAACUAGUAAUGCUAGUACUAGUGGUAGUAUUCAUAGUUCAACUAGGUAUUCUUUGAAAAAAACUUCUCCAACUACAGAUGCACAAAGUAUCGAUACUAUUAAUUCAAAUUUAAAUGAUAAUAAGAAACUUGUUACUCAAGUAAGCAGAAAGGAUAGUAAUUCUAGUACACUUGGAAGUAUUCAUAGUUCUAGUAAAAUUUCUGUGGAAACUACAAGUGAUAUUAGUUCUACUAGUAAGAGCAAUAAGAGGAAAAAUAAGAAAAGACCUGUUCCAGAAUUGAAUUUAUUAGAUGAUACCAAAGAUAAGAUAGAGGAUACAAAAUGA